UAGCCAGUAGUUUUAUUGGUAAAUACUUUAAACUUGAAAACAGUGGUGUUCCUAAUGCUCGCAAUACUCAAUUUACCACUGAACUUCGUGCUGGAUUGUCAACCUUCGUUACUAUGGCCUAUAUCAUAUCCGUUAAUGCAUUAAUCACUACUGAAUCAGAUUUAUGUGUCAAUGAUCCUGAUUAUUUAUCCUGUAAAACAAUAGUGCAGAGAGAUUUAAUUACUGCGACGGCUGCAGUUUCAUGUAUAGCGACCGCUAUUAUGGGAAUCUUUGCCAAUUUACCAUUAGCUCUUGCUCCAGGGAUGGGCAUUAAUGCCUAUUUCACUUAUGCUGUGGUUGGCUUUCAUGGUUCGGGUAAAAUUGCGUAUGAAACUGCUGUUGCCGCUGUAUUCGUUGAAGGCCUUGUCUUUCUCUUCUUAUCUGUAUUUGGUAUUUGUCAAUUGUUUGCAAAGCUUAUCCCCAUGUCCAUAAAAAUUGCAACUGGUGCUGGUAUCGGUUUCUUUCUCGCCUUUAUUGGAUUACAAAGAAGUGCUGGCAUUGCUUUAAUAAGCAAUAAUCCUUCUACAGUAGUGACUCUUGGAGGUUGUCCUGACCAAUAUUAUAAUAAAACUACUGGCAUUUGUACUAGUCACCAUAUGGAAAAUCCAACUACUUGGCUAGGGAUUUUAGACAAAUAUUGGGAAAUUGUUCUUCACAGGGAUGAUGGUAAUGCUCGAUUUAAUUUUUUUAAAAAUGUCGUUGGUUUUCAUGUCAUAGAAAACCCAGAUGUCUGGCUAGUUCUAAUAACAUCUCUAUAUGUUGACAUACUGGAUACGACUGGCACAUUCUAUUCAAUGGCCAAAUUUGGCAGUUAUUUAAAUGAAGCUGGCAAUUUUGAAGGUUCUAAUGCCGCAUUUAUAAGUAGUGCUUCUUCAAUUUCAAUUGGUGCUAUUUUUGGCACAUCUUCUGUCAUUACAGUUAUUGAAUCAGGUUCUGGAAUUGCUGAAGGUGGUCGAACUGGAAUUACUUCUCUUACUGUAUCAUUCUUCUUUUUUAUUUCGUUAUUUUUUGCACCUAUUUUUGUUAGCAUACCUCCGUGGGCUUCUGGUCCUGUCUUAAUAAUUACCGGUUCUAUGAUGGCAAAAAGUACUAAAGAUAUUAAUUGGAAGUAUAUUGGUGAUUCUGUACCUAGUUUCCUGUAA